CCUCUUUUAUCCAUCCCUUCGCUAACUUUUCUCCGUCUACAUAUACGUUUAAGAUAUUCUUUCCAUUACUGCUAUUUACCACCUUUUGUUAUCAUGGGUUUCACCGACCUCCUUGCCGACACUGGCCUUGCCGUGCUCAAUAACUGGCUAUUGACUCGCUCCUAUGUCACUGGCUACGCUCCUACCCAGGCCGACGUCGCUUGUUUCAAGGCCCUUCAGGGUUCCCCCGAUUCUGCCAAAUACCCUCACGCUGCUCGAUGGUACAAGCACAUUGCCACCUUCGAGGACGAGUUUUCCACCCUUAGCGGAGAUACUACCAAGCCCUAUACUGCCUAUGGCCCUGACUUCGCUGAAGUCACCUUGAACGCCACUAAGGUCCCCGCCGCCGAAGAGAAUGAUGAUGAUGUCGACCUGUUCGGCAGUGACGAUGAGGAAGAGGACGCUGAGGCCGUCCGUAUCCGUGAGGAGCGUUUGGCAGAGUACCGUAAAAAGAAGGAGGGCAAGGCAAAACCCGCUGCCAAAUCUGUUGUUACUCUGGACGUGAAGCCCUGGGAUGACGAGACAGACAUGAUUGCCCUCGAGGCGGCUGUUCGUGGCAUCGAAAAGGAUGGCCUGGUCUGGGGUCAAUCUAAGCUGGUCGCUAUUGGUUUCGGUAUCAAGAAGCUGCAAAUCAAUCUGGUUGUUGAGGACGACAAAGUCUCUACUGAUGAGCUUCAGGAAGAGAUUCAGGAGUUUGAGGAUUACGUUCAGUCUACCGAUGUUGUUGCUAUGCAGAAGCUGUAAGCAGGGUUGAGGGGGGUAAAUAAUACCGAUAUACGAAUCUUCAUGGAAUGAUGAAAAGUGCAAGUAGCUGUUGCUAAAAGAUUACUUGGAGAUUGCUUCGACGC